AUGCCCCUCAAACUACGCGCCGCCACGCCCGCAGACGGCCCGGCCCUAACCUCCGUCUACCUCUCCGCCUUCCACGACAAUCCCGUAGCCACAACUUGCUUCCCCGCAAGUUCCCAAGUGUGCCGCGAGUUUCUCGCCAAGUCAUUCGCGGAAGAGAUGAGCGACCCCCGAUUCCAGUGGCUCGUCAUCACCGACCCAGACCAUAAGGAGGACCCGGACUUGCCCGUCGCCUGCGCAAAAUGGGUCCGCCCGGCAAGAUCCAACGAGGAAAACGUGGAGGCGCCACCUCCCAUGGAUGUCUGGCCAAAAGAGGGCAACCCGGAGUUUGCAGAUCUCUUCUUCGGCUCCAUUGGCCGGAAACACGCCGAGAUCAUGGGCGAGGUCAGGCACUGGUACCUUGAGCUCCUCAUCUGUAGGACAGAGCAUCAGGGGAAAGGUGCAGCGAGUCCCCUGCUGAGAUGGGGCGUUGAGAGAGCAGACGAAGAAGGGAAACUGGCGUUCUUGGAGUCUAUGCCGUUGGCCAAGGGGAUCUAUGAAAAGUACGGAUUUCAGUCAUUAUGCCACCUGGAUUUUAUGGCACCUAGCUCGACUGUUGUAACACAGGCAUUUAUGCUCAGAAAAGGCAAGGCUGCCGAAGACUAUGAGUUGGUGCUGAAGAGAUUGAAAGCAGAGGAAUCAUAG